UUGAAGUUUGCUGCUAAAGAUGGAGCUUUCCACAGAAGACCUUCGCUGUUCAGAGAUUUUAUCAGCAACAAGCCUGGUUCCAAGUUCUUAGCCGAGGCUAACCGUUACCAUUUAUAUGUUUCGUUUGCGUGUCCUUGGGCUCACAGGACGUUGAUCACCAGAGUGUUGAAGGGCUUGAGUUCCGUGAUCUCUGUGUCAGUAGUGCAUUGGCAUAUGGAUGACAAGGGAUGGAGAUUCAUCAACGAUGAGGAAUUGAAGACAAUUGACCCCAAGACAGAUGUUUCUUUGGGAACAGUAGACCAUUUGUACAACUUCAAGCGUAUCAGGGAGUUGUACUUCAAGGCGGAGCCUGAUUAUGUUGGCAGAUUCACCGUUCCAGUCUUGUGGGACAAAAAGUUGGAGACCAUUGUGAACAACGAAUCGAGUGAAAUCAUCCGGAUGUUAAACCUGGAGUUCAACGAGCUUGCCACAAAGGAAGGAGCUGCCAUUGAUAUCUACCCUAAGGAGUUGCAAACAGAGAUUGACGACAUUAACUCGUGGAUCUACGACAACAUUAACAAUGGGGUGUACAAGUCUGGGUUCUCCACCAAACAGGAAGUGUAUGACAAAGAAGUCAAAAACGUGUUCACUCAUUUGGACAAGGUUGAGGAGAUCUUGAAGAAAAACCAUGCGGCCGACAAGCCGUACUUGCUAGGUAACACCUUGACCGAAGCAGACGUGCGUUUGUUCACCACCAUAAUCAGAUUUGACCCUGUGUAUGUUCAGCACUUCAAGUGCAACAUUGGUAUGAUCAGACACGAUUAUCCUCACAUCCACCAGUGGGUCAGGGAAUUGUAUUGGAAGGUGCCUGGCUUCAAGGAGACCACCGACUUCGACCACAUCAAAUACCACUACACGAAGUCGCAUAUUGCCAUCAAUCCUCAUUCAAUCACUCCAGCUGGUCCUAUCCCCAACAUCUUGCCAUUGUAG